GCCAAAAUAGACAUUUGUUCUCCUUGAAGGAAGCAGCCUGGAGAGCCUGUGCAUCGGGGAUCAAUGUUGGACUCAAUGUGGACUGAAACUCACUAGCUUUAGAACCUAUGCAAGGACAACAAAGCCUUAGCAUUUGGAUUGUACAAAGCAAAACUAUGCUAUGCCUGUGAGUUCACCGCAACUCACAUUUCUUCAUUGGACACCAUUAUGGAUUCCAGCAAUGACUCCAUGAUCCUCACCAGGGAAGAGACACUACAUGACCUUUUCUCAUCCCCAACCAAUGCCUCCAACUUGUCCUCUCCUUGUCCGGUCCUCCGCUCCAACUACCAGUUUGUGGUCAUCCCAACGCUUUACUGCUUCAUCUUCAUCCUAGGACUGGUGGGCAAUAGUAUCGUUGUUGCAGUGUUGUGUUGGCAACGGAAGCCAAAGACGGUAGCCAAUGUCUACAUUGUCAACUUGGCGGUGGCCGACCUCCUUGCCUUGGUUACUGUCCCCUUCUGGGCCGCUUACUACGCCUACGGGUACAACUGGCGCUUCGGCUCAGCAAUGUGCAAGAUCUCUGGCUCGCUCCUCUCUCUUACAAUGUUUGCCAGCAUCUUCUUCAUCACUUGCAUGAGUGGCAACCGCUACAAGGCCAUCAUCCACCCUUUCCGGUCCCAACAAGGAACUCCCAAGAAGGCAUCGGUUGUGGCCUUCAUAGUGUGGGGAUUAGCCGCUUUGGCUUCCUUGCCCACUUUCUACUUCAGGAACACCAAGUACAUCCCAGAGUGGGACGUGACCGCUUGCAUCAUGGCCUAUCCAUUGGAGAAGUAUUCCGAAUGGUCAGCCGGGACAGCAUUGGUGAAGAACACAUUAGGGUUCAUCAUCCCGCUCUCUGUCAUCAUCGUGUGCUAUGUUUCCAUCCGGAUCCAUUUGAUGAAGGCCCGGGGGUUCAGGAAGACCAAGCAGAUGAGGGACCACGUCUUGAAGCUAGUAGCUGCGGUGGUGGCGGCCUUCUUGAUCUGCUGGCUCCCCUUCCACAUCUUGACCUUUCUGGAUGCCUUGUUUUGGAUGGAGGUGAUCAGCGACUGCCGGGUCACCUCCGCCAUUGACGCUGCCUUGCCUUUCGGCCUCUUGAUGGGCUUCACCAACAGCUGCAUCAACCCUUUGUUGUACUACUUCAUUGGAAGGCAGUUCCAGGACAGGCUCCAACAUCUGCUGAAGCUGAGCCUCUACCAGUUUAAUAGCAAUCGGGAUAUCUUUCGUGCCGGCAAAAUCGACUCGGUCAAAACGGUUGAGUCUUUGGUGGAUGCUGAACAUGGAGGAGGUGCCGAAAGGCCACAAACUGACCCAUUAUGCGUUUCCUAAACAAUAUAUGGAAAUAUUUCAGAUAUUCUGACACUUCUAUGGAUGUUCUGGUCCCUCUUUUAUGAGUGAAUGUACACUGUAGAAUGAAUGUAGGUUAAUACCACUUUAACUGCCGUGGUUUAAUGCUAUGGAAGCCUCAGAGUUGUAAUGACUCAACACUAUGGAAAUAUGGGAUUUGCAGAUUUACAAAGUAUCUGGCCUUCUCUGACUGACAGACAGCACUAAAUCACGGGUUUUAGUGAGGGGC